GCAUCAUUCUGAGUAACGAGGGGACAAACAUCACUUUUUUUCCCUCCCCACACCCAAAGCUGCAGUUUCUCCCCAUCUAGAAUCCAUCCCCAGACCUGCACCCCCACCCCCACCCCCACCCCCUUUCUGGUACAGACAUGGUACGCUCCCCAGUCUCGACUCUGAGCUGCAGUGGAUAUUGCUAGAACCCACGCCGAAGACUGAGCUGGCGGCUGCAGUGACCUGGGCGGCUUUCCCUAGCCCCAGGGACAAGGCUCCCCCCGAGACUGCACCAUGACCCAGGGAAAGGUUUCAGUGGUUAACAAGGCCCCUGGGACAGAGGGGCAGCAACAGGCAAAUGGAGAAAAGAAGGAGACUCCAUCAGCUCCCUUGGCCCCUCCUACUUAUGAGGAAGCUACCUCAGGGGAGGGGCUGAAGGCUGGGGCCUUCCCUCCACCAGCCCCAACGGUGCCCUUUCAUCCCAGUUGGGCUUACGUGGACCCAAAUAGCAGCCCUGGCUAUGGAAGUGGUGGGUACUCUGGAGACCCUGAGAUCUUCACCACCUUCAGCUGGGAUGAUCCUAACGUGAGAAGAGUAUUUGUCAGGAAGGUGUACUCCAUCCUAAUGAUCCAGCUGCUGAUGACUGUGGGGGUUGUGGCUCUCUUCACCUUCUGUGAACCAGUCAAGAUGUAUGUUCAGAGCAACCCAGCCUGGUACUGGGCAUCCUAUGCUGUGUUCUUCAUGACUUAUCUAAUCCUGGCCUGCUGUUCUGGACCAAGGAGAUAUUUCCCCUGGAACCUGAUUCUCCUGAGCAUCUUUACCCUGUCUAUGGCCUACCUCACUGGGAUGUUGUCCAGUUACUACAAUACCAAGUCCGUGCUUCUGUGUCUGGGAAUCACAGCCCUGGUCUGCCUCUCCGUGACUCUGUUCAGCUUCCAGACCAAGUUUGACUUCACAUCCUGCCAAGGCAUCCUCUUCGUACUUCUCAUGGUUAUGUUCUUCAGUGGGAUCCUUCUGGCCAUCAUCCUUCCCUUCCAAUAUGUACCCUGGCUUCACGGGAUCUAUGCUGUGCUGGGAGCAAUCGUGUUUACAAUGUUCUUGGCAUUCGACACACAGCUGUUGAUGGGAAACCGGCGCUAUUCCUUGAGCCCAGAGGAAUAUAUUUUUGGAGCACUCAACAUUUACCUGGACAUCGUCUACAUCUUCUCCUUCUUUCUGCAGCUUUUUGGCACCAACCGGGAUUGAAAAGACUUCCCUUCUUCCGACUCCAAGAAAUGCGACCUGUUUGUCCCCCUGUAACAUCCAUCCCCUGCUCUUUCCCAGCCCCUAAGAUAUAGCACUAAACAUCAUCUUAGCCAUCACCCCUCUGCCAACUAUGCUCCUUCUACAGCAUCCUUGGAGUUAUUUUCUGUAGGUUGUAUAUAUGUGAGGAAUUCUGGAAGCCAAAGGACUGGAGUCACUAAAUUUCCUGCUUCCCUGCCCAUCAGGACUGUCAUUUCCAUUUCCAAAUGUGAGAUUGUAAAUCCAGUGUAAUCCCUAUCUCCCACCUUAGUUUUGGGGUAUGAGUCCAAGGGAUAUGGCAGACAAUGGUUUAGGAUCUUAGAUGUCAACAGAGGGAUCCAAGGGUGAGCUGAAUCCUGAACCCCGGAAGAUUUGUGUGAUUUGAGAGAAAACUGUUUUCCCUCUUUGUUACGGCCCUCAUCCCUACCUUUCCCUGGGUCAAAAACUGAAGCAUUUUAUGAAUGGGAUGAGUUAGCAUGAGGGCAAAAUAGCCUACCAAGCUUCACACCCUGAAGAUACGCAGAAGCAACAUGCAGUAGUACUUAGACUCACGGGACCUGGGUUUGAGUCCUGUGUCUGCUGUGCACUGCAUAUAUGACCUUGGACAAGUCUUUUAGCCUCCCUACGCCUCAGUACCCUACCUAUCCUUUCUAACUCCAAAGCUAAGAGUUUGUCUGUGACAUUAUUAUACUUGGGGGAAGAGAAUGAGGGAUGCUGUUUAAAGAAUGGCAAUCCUUAAAAUGGCCCUUCACUGUUCAUGUGGGAGCUUCAGUUAGAUCUGUGGUUGCAUUUCCAACACAGUGCUAAAAAGAUGCCUGUGUAGAGUUGGGCACCCUGGGGUAGCAGGGGCAGGGAGAAGCGAGCCCCUGCUAAGAGUCUUGUCUAAAGGUCUGCUCUGAGGCCUCGGAGAGUGAGAUAGGGGAUAGAGGUACCAAGCUGAGUCACGUAUCAGGAAGAGAGAUCACAGCCUAAAGAAAUAACGAAUCAGUGCCAGAUACGCCCAAAGGGGAUAUUUGAGAGAUGUAGAACGGCCCUUGAUGUACUCUCUGCCUCACUGUGGUAUAGCGCUGACUAAAAGAAUCGAGACUCAUUUCCCUUCCAGAUCCCCAAGUUGUCUUCCUAAGAUUCUAGGGACCAGGGAGGAUUUGGGAUUGGUGAAUAGUGCGAAGUAGAAAUGGUUCCUGGGCCCUGAAAGAGAAGGAAUGCUACCCUCUGGUGAGUAAUAGAGAAGAGUCUUUUAAAAAAAAUACUGGUUUGGGCAGGGGCUAGAAUAGCUUCUUUGCUGUGCCGGGAUCUCCAGCAGGGGACCCUCUUCUCCCUCCCCGCCGUCCUGGGGUGGCCACCUCCCUGUACUCCAUUUCCCCAAAGUGCCUCCCUAGCUUGUUGCCUUGCCAAACAGUGAACCCAGGUCUUAAAUGCCCAAGCCAGAGCCUAUGUCUACAUACUCCAAAGAGAAGACGCUCCUCACUCUUCCCAGCUUCCAUUCUCUCCCCUCUUCGGUUCAGGUCACCCCAACCAGCUGCUUUCCCCAACCUCCCCUCAGGGGUCAAAUGUGCUCCCCCUCUCUCUCCUCUUUAUCUUCCCAUCUCCCCAGUUUGGAAACUGGCCAGCCUAUGGCUAAUUCAACCAAGCCCCUGAUAAGAACUGGGUCCAUGUGAUGAGGCUGGGGCCCCUUUUCGCCUGGGUGGUCGGCUGGGAUCCUGGGCAGGUGCAUGUGCGUCAGCCACCUAGCCUCUGGCAGUGUAGCCUGCAUAUGGGAGGGGACUCAGUGAGGCCUUUGGGAGUGGGAGGUGGAGAGGGAAGGAGCUGGCUGCUCGUUCAUGCUGUGGUGGCUCUGGUACCAGUGGAAAAUUACUGGGUGAAGCGUUAGAGCCCCUCGGCCCAGCCAUCAGCGUUCCUUCUUCCCACCUUUCCUUCUAGCCUCCUUUUUGCAUGCCUACUCUGCACAGCAUGCCUGUUGCAUGAGCAAGAUCUUUCCUGGGCUUUGUAGCUGAGCUAGGGUUUUCCAUUUAGGGAAGGAAGUGGGAUGUACUAAGUUCCCCAUAUUACCCCUUGACUCCCACCCCUUGGUACUUCCAACCUGACAAGGCCCAAAAGGAUUGAAUGAUACUUUGAGUACUCAAGGGGCAAAGAAAACUGUCAACAGGAGAUUGGAGCAGGAGGCAGUUAGCUGCGCUGUAACUAGAAUGGAGUGAUUGGGAUUCUCAGAGUGGUACAAAUCUGCAGGCCCCUCACAGCAUUUAGACGUCUUCAGUAGGGUAGAAACAGCUGAGUUUAGUGCCCAAGUAGCAAGAACAGUUAAACUAGAAAGCUACCCAAAGGUGUACUUACUCCAGAGGCACCCCAGGUGAACUAUGCCACCCAAAGCAGAAAGACCUUGCUGUACCCUAGAGUUUCAUUCAUUCCAAGGAACUAGGUUCUUUUAAUCCAGUGUGCCCCAAGUAUAUUUUGCAGAGUAUGGUCCAGGUACAAAAAAUGCUGUUUACAGCCUGGGGAAUCAGAACAGGUGGGCUAGCUGGUGAGAUGUGGCCUGGGGAACCUACGUUCCCCACUCAGGAACAUUGCAGAAGUUGAUGUCUUUUGCCCUGCUCCACAUCUUCUAGUAUCCCUUUUACUUCUCAUGGAGAGAUCUGCCAGCCCGAUCUGCCCGAGGCUGGAUUCGAUCCUAGUUGUUAGACAAGUCCUCUCUGUGCUACUGAGUGUUGGGGACCAGAAUGAUAGGUAUUAGGAAAUUUUGAAUCUUUAAAUGAUUGAUAAAUAGGAUUUGUCAUUUAGCUGCUGCUAGCAGGGACAUCUCUUGCUUUCUCAGUCUUCCCUUUCCUGUUCCUGACCCUACAGUCUCUUUUUGGUGGCUAUUUUCUACCCCUUUCCAAUCUCCAAGCUACUCGCCUCCUUCCAUCUGAAGUUUGUUUGGGUUCUUUUUCUGCUGCCUAUUAAGCCUCAGCACCAUCUUUUGAGCCUCCCCCCCCCACCCCCACUCCCCACCACCCAAAAGAGCCCUCUAGUCUCUAACUUUCUUUUCUUCUGAAAUCUUUCCUGCUUGCCAGAAUCAACUUGCUCCAUUAAUUUAUGAAAAAUGGAGCAAAAGAUUUUUCCAGAAUUGAGUUCUUCAACAUGUAGGAAGAGAUCCCAGUCUAUCCUCAGUUUAAAAAAAAAAAAACUAUCAGAGUGUGAUACGAUAUGGAAACCAGUAGAAAUCAUGGGAAUCACUGCGGUUCCUCUCUUUGUGUUUGUUGGGCUAAAGCCACAUGCUUGAUUCCUUUGUGUGCUAUAGGGAGUCUGAAGUUUUGAAUAAUCUCAGCAUUUCAGGAAAAGAAACUGAGGCGGGGGUGGGGGGGAAGGAUGCAAAUAGCCCACCUCCCAAGUUUCUUUUCCUCCAACGGGAAAGACACAGGAGCGAGUUGGAGAAGAAUAAGUCAUGAAAGACAAGCCCCAGAAACACCUGGAUGAGCCUUUUAAGGAGAAAGGGAGAGGAAGCAGGAAUGCAGGAUUACAAGAAAUCAAAACUGGGCAGGUGCCACAGGCUGGAGAGGGAGGAGGGCCAUCCCUGCCCCCCUCACACACACACACACACUCUUUGUACCUCACAUUUUUGUUGGGGGUGAAAAAUAGAGCUGAGGACAGGACACUUUAUUAAAUGACCAAGGAAUAUCUGAGAAGUUGAUCCAGGGCAAGAGUCCAGCCCAACCAGGGGAGGGGGACACUGUAUUUCCAGAGCCAGGCUGGGAGGUGGGGGGAAAGGGAGCUCAGAGUUCAUGGGAGUCUCUGGUGUCACUGCCAUUAAAAUGCUCUGCAUAAAUUACUGUACAAUCCUGCUGAAUAAAGGCUAAAAAUAUAGCAGAUCUUGAUUUCUGCAGGAUCAUGCAGGAGAGACCCUAGGAAUGCUGUUUCCUUGAUUAGGUUUUUCCACCAUUCCCCUCCCCCAUCUCUUCCUGCCCAUGAGACACUAAAAGUUGCUGCCUCACCCUCCCCAAUACCCACCUGAAAGUCAUCAGCAUCUUAGGUGUCUCACUAGAAGGGAUGGGUUUUGGCACCUUUGCUGCCCCCAUGUGGCACCUUAGGGUAAUACGGACAGGCACUGGCCCAGCUGAGAAAGUGAAUUAAGGACCUGGGAUAAGGAAUCAGGGCUGAUCUGCCACAAACCCCCCUAGCUUGAAUAUGUUUGUUUCUCUGUUGCCUGAAUUCCUCUGAUGUCUACCCAGUGGCUGACACUUGUGCCCUUCGUUUGCCUAAAUUUCUUCCCAUAGGCUGUUAAUGCCCCUGGGGCAAGAAUAAAAGCAAUUGUGGUCCCAA